CUGAAUAGGGCAACUGAAAAGGAAAAUAGCUUCUCGGUUCAGCCAUGGAUCUUCUUUGCAAAGCCUACUCCAACACUUCAGACGAUGAACCCGAACCCGAACCCGAACCUAAACGUAAACCUGUUUAUCAUCAGCACCUUCCUUUCCGUCCUUCGAAACGGACCAAACCCGAAUAUCCAUUACCCACAUUGGAUCUUCCAAAGCGAGAAGAAGCUCCGCUUCCCGGCAGAUACAUAUCGAAAAGGGAACGAGCACUUUCUGGUACGGUUCCCGAGGCUGAUGAAUCGAAACAGAAUACCCGGGGUCCUCAUGUCAUCACUCAAUCAGUUAUAGGAAGCAUUUCAAAAUCAGAUGUACCACACGAUGUUCUCUCAUCAAUGUGGCAUAAACCAAAGGGCCGUACACAACUAAGUCAAAUUCCGGAAAAGCUUACCAUAGCUCUGAAUGGGCAUGCAAAAGCUGUUACUGCUGUUCAUUGGUCACCAACACAUGCUCACUUACUUGCUUCUUCUGGGAUGGAUCACACAAUCAGCAUAUGGAAUGUAUGGAGCAGAGAUCACAAGAAAGCUCGUGUGCUUAACUUUCACAAUGCUGCUGUGAAAGAUGUUAAAUGGUCACAGCAGGGAUUGUUUGUACUUUCUUGUGGAUAUGAUUGUUCAUCAAGAUUGAUAGACGUUGAAAAGGGACUUGAAUCACAGAUGUUUAGAGAUGAUCAGGCUGUUGGAGUUAUAAAAUUCCAUCCAGAUAACUCAAACUUAUUCCUUUCUGGGGGAUCAAAGGGAAGACUCAGAUUGUGGGAUGUUAGAACUGGCAAGGUGGUCCAUGAAUACAUUCGAGGAUUGGGUCCAAUUCUUGAUGUUGAAUUCUCCACUGACGGGAAGCAAUUUGUAUCUUCCAGUGACGUUUCUGGGGGUAACAUCAGUGAAAAUUCCAUUAUCGUUUGGGACAUCUCUAGACAGGUUCCACUGUCUAAUCAGGUUUAUGCAGAAGCCUACACUUGCCCUUGUGUAAGGUACCACCCAUUUGAUCCCUAUUUUGUGGCCCAAUCAAAUGGAAAUUAUAUUGCCAUUUUCUCUUCAAAUCCUCCCUUCAAGCUAGACAAGUAUAAAAGGUAUGAAAGCCAUGGAGUGGCUGGAUUUCCAAUUAAGUGCAAUUUCAGCUUGGAUGGAGAGAAGCUCGUCUCUGGUUCCUCAGAUGGUUCUAUAUACUUCUAUAACUCUCGAUCGCCUGCUCUUAUCAAGAAAAUCAAGGCCUACGAGGAAGCCUGCAUAGACGUCGUGUUCCAUCCCAUCUUGUCUAAUGUAAUUGCGUCAUGCAGUUGGAAUGGAGAUGUUUCAGUGUUUGAGUGAGACAGCUUAUUUAUCCUUGUUCCCAGGACAAGCAAAAAAAUAGUUGAGAAUACAAAGAUGUACUAAACAAUAUCUUAUUUAACCAUCAAAAUUCACAGUUAGACACA